UCGUCUCCCCCGCAGAUCUCAAGAACCCGGCGGACUCAUCGGUGCACAGUCCCUUCACCAAGCGCCAGGCCUUCACCUCCACUUCCACCAUGAUCGAGGUGUUCAUGCAGGAGAAGCAGCCGGUGGCCACCGCCUCUGCCCCAGUGCCGGCUCCCCCGCAGCAAAGCCAACCCCCUGCCCCAGAUGUCCCCGGGAUCCUCCGACAACCAGUCCUCCAGUCCCCAGCCGGCGCAGCAGAAGCUGAAGCAGCAGAAGAAGAAAGCGUCGUUAACAUCGAAGAUUCCUGCGCUGGCAGUGGAAAUGCCCGGCUCGGCGGAUAUCUCAGGGUUAAACCUGCAGUUUGGGGCGUUACAGUUUGGUUCGGAGCCUGUUCUCGCAGAAUAUGAAUCGACGCCCACGACGAGCGCUGCGGCCAGCCAGCCUGCCAGCAGCCUGUACACCAGCACGGCGAGUGAAUCUUCAUCCACGAUUUCAUCCAAUCAAAGCCAGGAGUCUGGUUACCAGAGCGGCACAAUACCGACAGCAACGUUUACCUCCCAGAACAGCGCUCAGGGACCACUGUACGAACAGAGAUCCACCCAGACGAGGCGAUACCCCAAUUCCAUCUCCUCCUCGCCCCAGAAAGAUCUGACCCAGGCCAAGAAUGGUUUCAGUUCUGUACAGCCCACGCCGUUACAAACCACACCGGCCGUUGAAGGUGCUACAGGCCCCGCGGUGAAGUCUGAUUCCCCCUCUGCUCCCAGCAUUGCGCCUCUCAAUGACGGCGUGUCCGCGGCGUCCCUGCUGACGACAGCCAAAAAAAAAUCUGAGCAGCCGGAGCCACAGCGAGGAGCUCCCCAGUACGACCAGUGCCCAGCUCAGCAGUACGCUACCCACCCAGCAGAACAGUCUGUCCUCAUCCACAUCCUCCGGGCGAACGUCAACGUCAACUCUCCUG